AUGUCGAAGGUAUUACGCUCGAGAAGAGACCUAGGGGUCACCUGCUACCCCCCUAUCCUACCAGCAUCUCUAGUACCAGUAUCCUUGAAGCUCAUAUUAGAGUCGUUAUUCUACAACACAAAGUUCCUCUUCCCAGAGGAGCCUAAGACAGCCUUUCAACAAGUCACUUCUGCGAUUCAAAACCGAAUCGACCGCCAUGAGAGGUACUGGUGGGAGAAGUCUGGCCACGCGCUAGCCGUACUCUUACAAAAUGCUGGCUACACACAUGCUGCUCAAGUCAACAUCCUUCAGUUCUUCGCAAGGGAAAUCGCCAGCAACCUCGGCACGGCUAACGAGCCAGGUGCCCGGCGAUGGAAGAGUUUUAUGACCGACGAUAACAAUCCUAUCGAACUGAGCUGGGACUGGCACACGGGUGUUGAGAAGCCUACUAUUCGUUUUUCCAUCGAGCCCAUUGGCCUAGACGCCGGAAGCCCUUACGACCUAUGCAAUGAGUAUGCUGCAGAAGACUUCAAGCAUUUGAUAUUGAAAGCUCUACCGGAUACCGACAUGAGCUGGUUCGACCACUUCGAAGGCUUCUUUAGCGAUAAGGCAGACCGCAACUCAGUUGAGGGUCACCCGUCAAGGGUCUUUUGGGCCUUCGACUUGGGUGAGAAGGAGAUCCAGAGCAAGGCAUACUUCUUCCCCGGCUACAGAGCACGAACUAUGAACCAGACCAACCUACAAGUAAUCUCCGAGGCGAUCGCCUCUGCUCCGUCAUGCACCCCUGAGAAACUCGGCGCCUUCAACCAGUUUGCCGAGUUCGUAAACGAGCAUGAACAAAAGGGAGGUUUACCGCUAGAACUAGACAUGCUCGCCAUUGACAUGAUCGACUCUGCCAAAUCGCGUCUCAAGAUUUAUUUCCGCAACCGCCAGACCGACUUUCGAUCCGUUCGGGAGACUAUGACUCUUGGGGGCCGCGUUACAGGCGAUGACAUGGAUGCUGGCCUUAGUCAACUCCGCCGCCUGUGGAACUCCUUAUUCGAUCAGGAAGGCAAACCCGAGGACACGGCCAUAGGACAAGCAGACCACAGAACCUCUGGAAUACUCUACAACGUCGAGUUCCGCCUUGGGGGCCAAUCGCCCAAGGCCAAGAUCUACAUACCGGUGCGGCAUUACGCGCGCAGCGACGCCCAAGUAGCGCGGUCUGUGAGCCAAUUCAUGGACAGCCAGAGAAGGGAGAAGCUGCAGGACCAGAAGAGCGAACUAGCAGGGGGUGAGAGAGCAAUCUCGCCCGUGUCGGCCGCUUAUGGAAAUGCCCUGAACACUAUCUUCACCGAUGACUCCAUGGCCACUAGCAGAGGCCUACAUACCUACGUCGCUUGCUCUGUCCAAGCUGGCGGCGCGUUAAGGGUUGUCUCGUACAUCAACCCGCAAGAAAAGAAACUUCGACAGACAUCGCAAAAAAGUCUUUGGUGA